GGCAACGUCCAAACUAGUUGAAGAGUCUUUUCAGACCGGAGUAGUCGGUUUGAGAAACAGCUAGUAAGUAAUAACAAAAUUAAUGAAUUCACUAACGGACAUUUAUUCGCAUCGCCAAGUAAUUUAUUAAUCGACAUACUAAAGUUGUAAUCUACCUGAAGUUUUAGCGUGGUAAAUGGAGGAGAAGAAGAAAGACGGAGACCCGGAGAUUCAAGAACACGGACCCGAACAUUGGUUCUCAAAAUGGGAGCGGCAGUGUUUGGCCGAAGCGGAGCAAAGGGAGUCAAACGAGGAGGAGGCCGAUAACGACCAGGAUAAAUUAUGGCAUCUCUUCCAGAAUUCCGCCACUGCUGUGGCUCAGCUCUACAAAGACCGAGUAUGUCACCAACAGGGGGGGCUUUCUUUGUGGGUGCCGUUUCAGAACGCUGCCACAGCCGUGACCAACCUGUACAAAGAGUCCGUGGAGGCCCACCAGCGUAGCUACGACCUAGGUAUACAGAUCGGCCACCAGCGUCGCAACAAGGAUGUGCUGGCCUGGGUGAAGAAAAGGAGGAGAACCAUUCGGCGAGAGGACCUCAUCAGCUUCCUGUGUGGCCGGGCCCCACCCCCCCGGAGUUCCAGAGCCACCCUCACCCCAGGACACAGACUGACCAUGGUCUCCCCUAACCGGCCUCCCCCGGCCCCUGAGACUGACUCCUCUGUGGAGGCUGACCUUCAGCCCUUCAGAGAGGCCAUCGCACUGCAUGGUCUAAGUGGGGCUAUGGCCAGCAUCAGUGUUCGUUCCGGUACCCCAGGCUCUCCCACCCACGUGGGGGGUGCUGCUGGUGGUGGGGGUGGGUCGACUCCGGUGGGGCGUCGGCGUAACGGUCUCCAUGAUGUGGACCUGAACACUUUCAUCUCCGAGGAGAUGGCCCUGCACCUGGACGCUAACCCCAGGAAACGCAGCUCCGCCCAGUGCAAUGACGUCAUAACAGACUCCCCCACCCAUAAACGCAACCGGAUGAUCUGAUUGGGCUGGCAGCCCAGCCCCAGGGAGGGUUAAGUGACCUUUGUGGGAGGGGGGGGGUGAGUUCUUGAAACAGACUGAAGGAUGUAUGGCUGUGGAGUGAACUGGGGUUGAGGACUAAGGAGGCCUUCCAUUUAGUUGAGUGGGUGGUGUCCUCCUGUCCUUGUCUCCUUUCCUAGUUGAGAGCACUGGUCUAAACUGAAAGCAUGCUUGUUGGAAACCUGUCAUCAAGCUCCUAACCCUGUUAGGCUGCGUCUACACAGGUAGCCUAAUUCAGAUCUUUUCCCACUAAUUGGGCCUUUUGACCAAUCAGAUCUGUUCUUUUCCCAAUAAUUGGGCAACAGAACAGAAUUGGGCUGUCUUUGUAAAUGCAGCCUUAGUGCUCAGUGCUUGUGACUGUGAGGAAUGGAAGCGAGGACAGAAAGGCAUCAAGGAGGUAGGGAUGCAGCCCCCUUUCAGAGGAGAAAUGCACUGUGCUGAUUUGAAAUAAAAAGAAGCCACUUGAUCCUCACCCCUCCUCCCUUCCUAAGGAAACGAGGGCCGUGGAGAACAUGUUACUCAGUGAACUAGAUAAUGAUUGACACCAGAAGUGGUUCUGUUGGAGAGAUGCCUUCUUUGCUAGGACUUAUUGCUUUGUGUUAGUCAUCCUGCUCAGUGGACAUUGAUGCUGUCUGUGAUGAUGAAGAGGAGGACAUCCCUCACUUGAGAUUUCCUGACUGUGUCCCAAAUGGCACCCAUGUCCCUACACAGCACCCUUGUCCCUACACAGCACCCUAGUCUCUACAUCCUAGUCCCUACACCAUAGUCUCUACACACCACCCUAGUCCCUACAUGGUACCCUACUAUAUUACAGCAUAGGGCCCUUUUCAAAAGUGUUGCACUAUACAGGGUGUUGUUUGGGAGCGGCCCUGCUCUCUCCUGUGUCUAGUUUCAUGGCUGUGGGAUCUCCGGGCUGAUUCUCCCAAUGGCAGGCUGUUGAUAUUUGAUUGUAUAGGCUUCCUUUCUGUCUGACAACUGUGCUUCAGCAGUCAUGUUAGUUUUGAGUUGCAAGUGCAACCAACCCGCAGGGUCAGCAUCCCAAAAUCGCACCCUAUUCCCUAUAUAAAGUGAACUACUUUUGCCUAUAGGUCACUCUGGUCAAAGUAGUACACUAUGUAGGGAAUAGGGAUGCUAUUUGCUGCACUAACCCCAGUGUUCAGGUUCGUAUACCUCUGCUGCAGUUGGUUCAUUUAUACACCGCCUUGCUUUUUCUGUUGAGGGGUAUUUCAAAGUUCAGGAAUUAUCUGUGUUACUUAAUGCUUGGAUAAUAUCUGACUGUUGCCAGACUAACCCUCCAGUCAGUGAUGUAGUGUGGAAACAGAUAGGAAGGUAAACUAUGAUCACCGUUCACAGUGAGUAAAUGUUAUUCUCCCUAAACUUUCAAUGCAUUUUUUUAAUGUAAAAGAUGGGACAGGUAAACGCUCCUGCAAAAUAACCUGUGUUUCUACUCCAUUACACCUCUGCCCCCUUCUGAGUGUGUUGAUGUUUUCUGAGUAUUCUGUUCAGUGUGGUUGUGUUCACCAUAUUACCAGAGUUGGAAUAAUGAUUUUGCACUUAAGCCUCUUUCAUAUCUAAACUCAUGCAAGUUGAUCUUCCAUCAGAACCAACCAGGCAGUCCAUCCUCCACCUAAGGUAUUCAAUCAGACACCACCACCUUCACCUCCCCACCCUCUGGAACUGGUGGGGGUUCACCUGCCACCAAACGGAAGAGAAACAAACUGAAAUGUUUUGCUACUCUGUACCGUAAUGAACAUGCCCCAAACCAGAAAAGAAAGACUAAAAUGUUUUGCUACGUUGUGCUGUAAUGAACAUGCCCCAAACCAGAAGAGAAACUCCUGUAUGUUUUUUUUUUUCCCGUUGCAAAACGUUUUGCUAUGCUGUGCCAUACUGAACAGCACCCAGAUUAAGAGAUGUAGUUGGAGCUAAAGUGGAGGCCCCAGAAACAAACUGACAGAGUUGUCUACAUCCCAAUGUCCACACUACUGUUUAGUAUGCCGUAUGAAUGGCCAAUCCAGUGCAUCGCUCCAUACUAAGUGAUAUUGUGACGUAGUCUGUCUUCUAAUGGGUGUUCAUUAUUGACCUGUGUUGAUGUGAAAAGAUGCAGUUGCCUGACUAUUAAAGCUGAAAGGGAUAGUUUACCUGAA